CUUUUGAGUGUAUGUACGUCUCUUUUUAUUGUGGGCCCUAAUCACUUUUGCUCGAAUAUGUCAAGAAUCAGAUUGGUUCCAGUAACUCGAGUUAUUGGCAGAAGAUCAAUUAUAGAUCAUCUAACAUUUACUAAUACGACUCCUCAAACGAAAGACAACUCAUAUUGCUUAAUAAUUGGGGUCAUCGGUACUCAAAUAAGGGACCGGUUACUAUGACAACACCCCUUGUGUUGUUAUUGUAACAACACUAGUCUCCAACCAAUAGGAAGCUAGGAUUGUGAUGACUUUUUAUUAGAUGAGUUGACCUAGUGUAAAAUCAAAGCAGGGGUAUAAUUGUCAUUAUGAAAAAUCUGUUUAAAUAAUAAAAAAUAAUAAAAAUAUUAUUUUAUGCCCAAAAAUUUGGUCGCCGGAAUUCUGUCACCGGUCGCCGGAAUUCUGUCACCGGUCGCCGGAAACUGAUCGCCGGUCACCGGAAUAUGCUUUUUGUCGCCGGAAUAUGCUUACCGGAGUCGGAAUCUAGUCAUCGGCGUCGGAAUCUGCUCACUGACGGUCACCGGAGUUCGGUCUACGGUCAACGAUCAUCAGAUGUUAUGGUUAGCAUUGUGAGAUUUAUGGUUUGGUUUCUCGUAUUUUUUUUAUGUCUUUUGUGGUUUGCUUUAUCGUGUUUGUGGUUUGCAUUAGGAAGUUUCUGGUUUGCUUUCGAAAAUUUUGUGGUUUGCAUUGUGAGGUUUCUGGUUUGUUUUAAUAUAUUUGUGGUUUGCAUUAGGACGUUUAUGGUUUGCUUUUGUGUUGGUUUGAUUUACUGUGUUUGUGGUUUGCAUUAGGAGGUUUCUGGUGUGCUUUCGCAAAUGUUGUGGUUUGCUUUGUGAGGUUUGUGGUUUGUUUUAGGAGAUUUGUGGUAUGCAUUAGAAGGUUUCUGGUUUGCAUUAAGAAGUUUUUGGUGUGCUUUCGAAACUUUUGUGGUUUGCUUUGCGAGGUUUCUGGUUUGUUUUAAUAUAUUUGUGGUCUGCAUUAGGACGUUUUUGGUUUGUUUUACCGUGUUUGUGGUUUGCAUUAGAGGGUUUCUGGUGUGCUUUUGUGGGGUUUCUGAUAUGUUUUAGCGAAUUUGUGAUUUGCAUUAGGAGGUUUACGGUAUGUUUUUUGUGGGUUGUUUUAUUGCGUUUGUGAUUUGCACUAGGGGGUUUUUGGUGUUAGAAAUAUUUGUGAUUAGAAUGACUAAAUACCAAUAUAAAUUACCUAGCUUCUUGUUAUUGGUGAUUAGGUUACACUAAAAAACGAAUGAUUUGGAGAGAAAGACGGAGAUGCAUGCUCGGUGUAAGACAAAUUUCUAUGGCGGAGAUCCUGUGAUUUGGAGAGAGAGAGAGAGAGAGAGAGAGAGAGAGAGAAAGGUUCUCUUUAGCAGGUCUCCCACUUUCUAUUUAUAGUUCCUGUGAUCAUGAAACUAGACUCUUGCCCUUUAUUGGCUGUAAUUCUUAUGAAUGUUGAGGUUAAUGAAGACUUGAACCAGAAAUUAUGAUUAAGAGAGAUUACCUACAAAAUAUAUAGUCCACUGUCGAUAGAUUGUGUGCAAAUCCCAAAAACCAACUUAAGCUAAUAUCAACUCCUUUAAAUGAACAGAAAAACAUUGAGAUACAGGGGGAUCUAUGUUAUACCUGCUCAAGUUUUCCAUGCCAGAAAAUCGACUACCUGAUCUUCCAAAUGCAUAAGCAUAUACAAAGAGCAUAUGGGAUUCUACUGAGCAGGAGCAGGUGGGUUAGCACUACUAACCCCCAAGCCCAUCUUUUGCCCCAAAAUAGUCAACUGAUCGACGAACUCUGCACCGGUCAGAAUCUCCGUCGUCCCAUAAACAAGAGGAAUCUCCCACUCCUCCAACUAGAGUCAAAGCACAGAUCUCAUUCGGUUCUUCUUUGCGUAAGAAGCUUUGUCAUUGGAGGGGCAAUUAAUGGAAUCUCCCACUCUCCCAACACGUUGAUGAUGGUGAUGGUGGUGGAACUGAAGAUGGUGGAAAUUUCCGUGACCACCACCUUUGAUCUCCACGCAAUACAACGUUUCCCUCCGUUUUCGUCCAAUCUGCCCAUCUUCACAGUAUCAAAUUCCCAUUGAAGAGAACAAGCAAGGUCCGAGCUAUUCUUAUUUCGAAAUUGAAGAUAAAAAGCAGUCUCGAUCUCCUCUGUUCCACCAGGUUGAAGCGGUGAUAGUAGGUAGAAUCAGAGCGGCGGGGAAGAAGCAGAUUGAUUUCUCGUCGAUGAAGAACAAUCGGCAACAGAAGAAGCGAGGCAGUGGAGGAGAAACGGGAUCUGAAUUGCAGAGUGCGUCGCGGAGGUGCUCAACCGGCCAUGCUUAAUGCCAAGAUUCGAGCUCCGAACAGCACCACCCUCUUCGCCACCAUCUUGAUUAGCCGUCGAUGAAGAAGAAUCGAAAACAGAAAAUGGAGAGAGACGAGAUCUGGCAUGGAAGAGUGUCGCAAUGUCGGUGAGGUUGGACGCUGGUCGACGGCGAGGGACUCGAUUUUACGCCGCCGCCGCUGUUGCGGUUGUUGUGAAGGACAAAGCUCCGACGGAGGCUGGGGAUGGACAGAGUCGGAGGUCUUCUGGUCGGAGGAGGCGGAGAAUGGGAGAGCAGAGUCGAGAGUUUCUAUCCGUCGCUUUUGAGUUUAAUUCAAUUUUCUUUUUCUGUAAUUUGUUCAUUUACUCUUUUACCCUUAGUUAGAUUUGAUGUUACAAUAACAACAAAUGAGCUGUUGUUAU